AUGGAUCUGAAUAUCUGCAAGAUAUUACUGAUGAUUGUACGCUUCAUUGUGGGAAUCUUUGACAGAAGGUACUCCUUGUGGCCGUCUCUAUUGUUCAGAAUCAUGAUAUGGUACAAACGUCUGAUAAGGGGUGUGACGGUUAAAUACAUUGAGCAUGACGGCUAUAGGUUCUGUUACCUUUCUCGAGGAAAGCCUGGAUCCCAGCCAUCAGUGCUCAUGCUUCAUGGGUUCUCAUUCAACAAAGACAUGUGGUUAAGUGCCAUCAAACUUUUUCCUAAGAAGAUCCACUUAGUUUGCCUUGACAUGCCCGGUCAUGGGGAAACCACUCGUCUGCUGGCAGAAAAUUACACAGCUGUGGAUCAAGCUAAAAAAAUACACCAGUUUGUUGAGUGGACUAAGCUGAACAGAAAGCCUUUCCACUUGGUUGGCAUGUCCAUGGGCGGAAUGAUCGCUGGUGUUUAUGCUGCUCUCUAUCCAAAUGAGGUCUGUGCCUUGUCCCUCCUUUCCCCACCUGGCCUGCAGUACACAACAGAGAGUGAGUUCAUCAAACGUUUGAAGGAGCUGCGGGAAUCCACCAACUCACAAAAAAACCCUCUUGUUCUUAUGACUGUACAACAGGGAGAAGACUUGCUUAAACUUGGCUUGUACAACCCCAACAAAAUAAAUAUGCAGCUCCUUAAGGGAUAUCUUGAAGAUCGGAGACCACACAAGUCUUUUUUCUUAAAAUGCUUUUUAGAUAUGUCUAGCAUGGAGUCCAGGUAUAGCCUUCAUGGCAACAUGAGGAAAAUAACGGCCCCAACACAGAUCAUCUGGGGAAAGAAUGACAAGGUGAUGGAUCCUUCUGGAGCAGAAAUCUUAGCUAAAGCCAUUCCAGACUCCCAAAUGCAUAUGCUGGACAAAUGUGGACACUUCGUAACCCUUGACAGGCCGAAGAAAUCAGGAAAAGUCAUCCUAGAAUUUUACUAUGCAAUCUGUGGCACAGCUAAGAAUAAGACAUCUCUAUAUGAUUGUUUGUUCAAAACAUGCUUUUUAAAAUUUAUUUUCAUUCUUCUUUCAAAGCUGAGAACCGCACACAAGGAUUAG